GGUCUAGUCAAGCUUGUGAAAACCAAGGCGUAUUUCAAGAGGUAUCAGGUAAAGUUCCGCAGGAGGCGAGAGGGAAAGACUGACUACUUUGCGAGAAAGCGGCUGAUUUGGCAGGCCAAGAAUAAGUAUAAUACUCCAAAGUACCGGCUUGUUGUUCGGAUCACGAACAGAGACAUUGUGUGCCAGGUUGUUUACGCACGGAUGAAUGGCGACCGUGUAUUAAGUUGUGCGUAUGCUCAUGAGCUUACCAGAUAUGGCGUGAAGGUCGGGCUCACAAACUACGCAGCUGCCUACUGCACCGGCUUGCUGUGUGCUCGUAGAGUUCUUCAGAAGCUGAAGUUGGAUUCUUUGUACGCCGGAGCUGAAAAAACUGAUGGCGAGGACUACAAUGUUGAGUCGAUCGAGGGAGAGAAGGGUGCAUUUCGAUGUUAUCUCGACGUCGGAUUGGCUAGAACUACUCUCGGGGCCAACGUUUUUGGUGCACUCAAGGGAGCAGUAGAUGGUGGUCUCUCCAUUCCUCACGGUACCAACCGCUUUCCUGGAUAUGACCCCGAAAAUAAAGAGUACAAACCUGAAGGUCAUCGGUCCAGGAUCUUGGGCCAACACGUGGCAGAGUAUAUGCGCUCUUUGCAGGCAGAGGAUGAAGAAGCAUACAAGCGACAGUUUGGUCGGUACAUCAAAGAGGGGGUCAAUGCAGACAAUCUCGAAGCGAUGUAUACAGCAGCCCAUGCAGCCAUCCGUGCCGAUCCGACACCUGCACAACCUUCAGUAAAGCUGGAGACGCACAAGUCUUUCAAGAAAAAGAAGAUGUCACUGAAACAGAGGAAGGAGCGUGUGCGGGCUAAGAAGGCUCACUACUUGGCUCAGUUGCAGAAGGAGCUGGUGGCUACGGAAUAG